GCCACCAUGCCACCCAUGCCUAACAGCGUGCCCGCCUUACCUGGAAAUUCCUCGGGUGUUAGCCGCGAAUCGGGUCCAUUGGAUUGGAGAUUGGAGCAUUUGAAGCUUGAUUCAAUAUUUCUUUCUAUGCAUGCGCUACCUCAAACAACAGCAACGAACAUCGUAUCCUUCACGUCAUCCACCGGCCUCCCACUUCCAAUCGUCAUGCUGCGGGACCAUACAGGCAUACUAUAAGUACGUUUUCAGCUCUACCGUCCCAAUUGGCCAUCUUCAAGUCCGUACCUACCUGAGGUACCUUACCUACCUAACCUAGGUAGGUAAUCUAAAUGAUUAAACGAAUAUCAAUCACUAACAUGUUUUCCUCAAACUUAUAGCUUUCACUCCUCCUCCCUCCCCCCUACCUCCCCUCCGCACCAAGAAUCCGUCCGCUCCAUAUCAUGCCGCCGCACCUGCACCCGCGGUCGCGAAUGACCUCGUCGCUGUUCGCCACGACCGUCGCCGCGAGCUUCUUCGUCGUCACCCUCCCGCACAUCCUACCCUGCCCCGCGCCGCGGGUGACCUACGCCGACUCGGAAGUAGCCGCGGACGGCACGCGGCGGCGGCGGCGGAGGAAGCCCGAGCCGGCCGUCGUCAAGGACGGCAUAGUCCAGUUCGAGAGCCCGAGCGAGGACCUGGAGCGCGUCGCCGGCGAGACGGGCCGCGUCGCUACGAGGGCAAGGAAAGAGAGGGAAUGCCCCGUUCCCAAACCGGGCGGCGUCAUUGGCGAGCUCAUGGGCUUCAAGGGCAAGUCGAAAACAGAAGGAAACGGGCCGAGCGACAAUACAUAGAAAGGUGUAAAAAUAAAUAAAUAAAAGCAUCGGGUUGGAAAAGUUGCCGGAAAUGUACGUUCGCAAUAUGUAUAAUACUACUUACUAUGCGAAGAAUAUGUCACCAUGUCCUCUUACUCCCACUAGAAUCAUCUGUAAGGGGCGAACAAUUUCAGCACUCUGGCAAGGUGAGAGACGAG